UCUCCUGAAAGUCCAACCCACAUUCUCUUUAAAUUCCCUUUCGCGCUGAACCAGAACCUGUACCAGACCCCCUUCUUCUUCAAUGGCGGAACCACCGGACCCCACAGUACCUCGAACCCCUUGUAUAGUCGAAACCAGACCCGAAAUGGGCUCCGAUUCCGACCCAUUUGGGCUCGGACCCGCCGGAAGUGGCGCUUCGACUCCGCCGCCUGGGAUUCGGCGAGUGAAUUUCAGAGCUGUUAUUGACACCAACCCGCCAUUCGGGUCUGUCAAAGAGGCCGUCACUCGGUUUGGCGGAAGCGGUCCAUGGAUACCCUUUUGCAAGCAAGGAAUUGAGGGGUUUGAUAUUAAGAGAAUGGAGGAAGAAACAGCAGAAUUGGAGAAGGAUCUGAUUGUGAAAGAAUUGGAAACACUUGAUGUAUUGGAAGAACUGGGUGCAACAAAAAGAAUGGUGGAAGAAUUGAAAAGGCAGCUACGGAGUGAAGCAUUGAAAUGCUUUCCAUCCCCAAAUUUCAAGGAAAGUUUUGGUGAUAUCAUGAACAAUCACGAACAAACGUUAGGAGAUUCAUGUCCAUCCCCUGAUAUGAUCUUAAUGGAGUUGAAUCAAGCUAAAAUGAAUCUUGGAAAGACAAUAAAUGAUCUGUGUGUCAUUCAAUCUUCUGUUCAAUCUCUGAAUAGGAAAAUGAAUAGAGAGAAGAGCUUGCUGGCCAAGAGACCACACAGGGCAGCGCCCAAGUUUUGUAGGACAGCCACAUUGGAUGAGCAGCAUCACCCAAUUCAAGUGACUAAUGAUGUUGAAUUUAAAGAUGUAUCUGAGGUUUCAUUCAAUACUCCUCAGUUGAGUCCAAUGCGUGGAUCGAUAUCGGAUUAUUUCGCCGGGGUAGCAGCGAACGAGCGCACGAAGGCUUGUUUGAGGACGGCUGAGUUAAGGUUGAUAGCAGCCAGGAAGAUGGAAGAGGCUGCUAGAGCAGCAGAGGCAGUGGCUGUAGCUGAGGUUGAAAUUCUAAGUGGCAUGGAGUAUUCAACUGGGUUUUCCCUGCAAGAGCCUGAGACAAUGGUAUUCAACUUCAAAGAUCAAUUUGAUGGGGCAAAUGCUUCAAAAUUGACCAUUGCAAAGAAGUUGAAGGAAGCAAAAGAAGAGCUUAAUCUUGGUAAGAAAGCUUUGGAGGAAGCUCUAAACAGAGUUGAGCUUGCUAAUAGAAAUCAACUAGUAGCUGAAGAAACUCUACGAAAAUGGGUAGCAGAAAACAAAGAGCCUGGGUUUUACUACCACCCUACGCUCAAUUACCGUCCAUCUGUUCAUCAAGAUUCAAAGCCUGUUCUAAGAUCUGCCAUUUCCAUGAGAGAUGUUCUAAGCAGGAAGCAAGGUUUAAGCGGAGAAAACAUUGGAAGAAGUGAUAGCCAUUGUGAAAACCAGAAGGUUGCUUUGAGUCAAAUGCUCCAUCUCCAUGCGCUAAGAGAAGAUCUAAGGUUUCCUUCAAGAACAGAGAAUGAUAGGAAGGAACAAAAGAAUCCCACAACAGAGAGAAAGAGGUUUGGGUUCAUCCAUAUAGCUCUCCCCAUGAUGAAGCAAAGUAAGAAAAAACCACAACCAUAAACACUGUAUGUAUCUAUUUAUUCAUUCAUUAGUUGUCUAUGGGUUUUGAGUGAUGGUUUUAUAAUACCACUAUGUGAUAUUCAAUCAUUUCAACCGUGAUAUCACUGCUUGUUAAGUGUUUGCUUUGAGGUUUUGUUAGAGGGAUUGGUUGAUGUUUAAUGUGUUUGUUGUUGGAAGUUUAUUUAUUCUUCUUUUGGUUGCCA